UCUAUAAUUAGUCCUAUUUCUCUGAAGAACUCUAAUACAGAUUGUGGUACUAGGAAUGGUGUGCUGAUAUAACAGAAAAAUACCUAAAAAUAUGGAAUUAGCUUUGGAACUGGGUGAUGGGUACAGGCUGGAAGAGUUUUGAGGUACCUGCUAGAAAAAGUCAACAUUGCUGUGAACAAAGUGUUGGCCGAAAUAUGGAUGUUAAAGGCAAUUUUGAUGAGGGCUCAGAAAGUAGAGAGGAGAGCUAGGAACAAAGCUUCCAUUUUCUUAGAGAAUACAUAAAUACAUGAACAGAAUAUUGGUGCAAACGUGGAUAUUAUGGGCCAUUUUGGUGAGAUCUCAGAUAGAAAUAAAGAACAGACAGUUGGACACUGGAAAGUGAUCUUUAUUAUAAAGUAGCAAAGAAUAUAGCUGAAUUGCAUUCUAGUGUUGUGCAAGGUAGCACUUUCAAGUGAUGAAAUUGGAUACAUAGCAGAGGAGAUAUCUAAGUAAAGUAUCAAAGGUACACCUUGGCUCCUCCUUACUGCUCAUAGUAAACUAUAAGAGGAGAGAGGUGAAUUGAAGAAAGAAUGGUUGAGGAAAAAGGAGCCAGAACAUGGAGAUUUAGGAAAUUCUGUCUAUCCGUAUUGGAAAAAUAUAUAUAUAUAUGGGAGAGAGAGAGAGAGAGGGAACACUUGUUUUGAAGAGAAAACUAAAGGUGUUGCUGAACAACCAUUUGCUAAAGAGAUCGUGGGUACAACUCAUGGACUUAACCAGCCAUCUCAUCAGAAGCCAAGCCAAGAAUAGAGAUGGGAUUUUACCAGCAGAAACACUGCCAGCUGAGACUAAAGACUAAAGGAGACAGAGAGAGUGAGACCGGAUGAAGGAAAGCUAUCAGGAUGGGACUAUAGAACUAUUUGGCUCUGGAAAUACUUUAUCCUUCAAGGAAAGGGAAGACUGACCCCAACGGCAAUUCAGAGAUCUUCAGAGCUGUCCUGCCAGCCCCACUACAGGCCCAGAGGUUUUGGGAUACAUGUGAAGAGCACGCAAGAUUGUUGCAAAGAUUUAGGAACAGGCCUUCAAUAUUUGGCAUCACCUUUACAUGGAGCACAAAGAUGAUGAUGAUGAUGAUGUGUCUUUUGCCAAAUGGAUGAGCAGCUUCUGGGGCCACAGCUGGAGAGAAGAGGAUCAGAGAGGACUCCGGGAACGCCACCGACCGCAAGCCACCAGUCACAGGAAAACCUCCCUGCCCUGCCCACUUCCUGUGCUUCCCAGAAUUCCAUCAUCUGACCGCCAUCCUAGAAGGCAUUCUCAUGAGGACCAGGAAUUCCGAUGCCGAUCAUCUGACCGUCUCCCUAGAAGGCAUUCUCAUGAGGACCAGGAAUUUCGAUGCCGUAGCCACAUGCGGGAUUGCAGAAAUUACUCAGAGGAGGGAUCAUUCAAGGAGCCGCUGGAACCGAAAGGAAGAUCCCAUUCCAAAAUUGAGAAAUUUUCUGAGUCCUUUGAACAGCAACUGUGCUUUAGAACCAAACGUUCUGCCUCUUUGGGACCUGAAAGCAGAAAGGAGAGAAAUGAAAGAGAAUGCCUGAGAAUGGAGAUAAAAUCCCGAAAGAAAGUAGAGGAAGAAAGAAGCUCCAGGAAAGAAGAACAUGGAGACGCACACAUGGCUCCCCUGUUUGAAAAAGGCCCUGAAUAGUACUCCGCUUCCGCAUCCUGACAUCACAUGCGGCUGUUUUAUUGUUUUUUCUUUGAGCUCUAAUGCAUCAUUUCAAGAUAUGGAUGGGGGUGGUGGGGGGAGUGAGGAACAGCUGUAAAAAUCAACUGCAGACGCUGAGUGACUGCAGCGGGCAGGGUAUGUAGCUGCUCCAAGGUGUCUUGCAUCACACUUUAAUUGCUCCUGGCAUCUUAGUUGAGGGUACAACCUGCUUGCUUGCCCUUUUAUGGAAAUAAAGAGAAUAACAGGUACUUGAAUAGAAUAAAGACAAAUUUGAAACUGUAAUAUAAGAUAUUUAAAGAGCCACCCACGUAGCUUCCCCAACCCUUCUUACACAUCAACUCAUAAAUCAUCUUAAAUAAAAGUCAUUGGUAUGA